AUGGCGAGAAAUAGGAAGAGUCGCGGCAAGAAGCCAGCUGGCAGUGCUUCUGCUUCCUAUUCCACCGCCGGCAGUUCUACUGCAAACUCCGCAUCCGGCGCAGGACGUUCGUCACAGAACGCGGCAGUCCCUGGUGCAGUUCCGGUUACUCCCGCACCAGUUGGCACAAACCGUCGCCAGAACAAGGACAAAGGGCUGGCCCUUCGAGACUGCUCCCGGCUCACCAUCCGUCAGCCCGAUUUGGGCGUUGCAGUCAUCCAUCCAUACGACAUCAAGUUGUCCAGGGAGGCCUUGGAGAACCGAGGCUUUCAUCAUGCCAUGACGAAUUUGCCCGUGGAAACGCUGGUCUCCAACUACAACAAGGUGGUCGACCACUACUGCCGCCCAAGGCCUGAACUUAUCUCCUUCGUUCAAGGACGCGGCCGCAAGUUCAAUGGGAAGGUCGUUUCCCAAGGACGAUGCCUCACCAGGGGAUUUCUGACCUUUCGAGAUUCUCUCAUGUCGGGACGCUUCGACGGCGAACAGACCAACACAUGGAACGCGGACGAGAACAAACUCGCGCAAGUCCUCAACACGGUCGACAUUGGCGGCCUUGUUUCCCAAUCCCUGUUCUCAAAGGGAUUCAGAACAGUGCUCUCGGCUGCCACUACUUCGACUCAGUCUUGGGCCGCAGUUACUCACAGUGCCAAAAUCUGGGACUUUUAUGCCGGAGAAUUCUCUACCGACGGACCUGCCAAGGUCUUCAUUGCAGUGACGCCCGAAUACACGGUUGGCGAGUUCCGCGACAUGCAGAAAUGCGAUCCGUACGGGCUCAAUUCGAGCGAGUCCCUUGCGGGCUGGUUCGAGAAAGCCAUGACCGCGGAAGAGCAUAUCUACUUUUCCAUCCAGGCACUACACACUCGCCUGUCUAGGAAGCCGGAUUACGAUCCGAAGCUGGGACACCACUCGAAGGACAUUGUGGAGUACACACGCCUCCUGACGGUCGUUCAGACUAUUCACUUGUCCAACCAGUUUGUCACUGCUCCGCGGCUGCAGGUGUUCAGACCCUCGUCAAGCUUUGCGCUUGACCAGCUCCAUGCCAUGCGCAAGUUUGGCAAGAUCUUGGAACGCUCCAACACGCUGACAGUCCUGCACUUUCACAAGGUUCCGUUUCUGGACCGCCGCCUGCUGGCCAUCAUCCUGAGGGCCUGCUCCAAGGUCGAGAUGCUCGGAGUAUACGGCUGUCCACUCGUCCACUUUGGCGACAUCAUCUGCCUGCUCGACCUGAUUCAUGAAAUCAACAGAGACAGACGGGCCAACGACCAGCCUACAGUCAAGGCACUAGACUUCUGCCCCGAGUUCCACAGAGGAAUGUCCUCCCAUCAACCUCAUCGGGCAGAAGCGUACGGACUCAGCUGGGGUCCGCUGUGCUUGGAGACUGUUCAGCGUGGUGUCUUGUGCCUCGUUCUGAAGGCCUUCAUGAAGGCAAAGGCCAUGAAGUUGGACCUUCUCUUCUCCAAGGAGGGAGCACUGCUGAGCUAUCUGCUCAAGCUUCCGCAGAAUGAGCUUUCAAUGGCGACUUUUCUCGACGCAUGCCAUCGGCUUGUGGGCCAACACAAGCGCAGGUCCAAAGGCGAGAAUGCGCAGAAGCAGUUGAUGUACGACCUUUUGAAGCCGGUGAGGGUCGGUCUGGAAAAGGUCGGAAACGACUGGUCCAGCUACUACAUUGAUCGGAUGGGCAAGUCCUUCUACUUCUGCUCUUCGUGUGGGUAUGAGGUGGUCAAGGAGUUUUUCUUGGCUGGUGCUUCGCGACAAAUGCCGGCACACGCCCGCACUUGCGCGGGAUGCAUGCUGCAGGCCGAACUCGACCUGGACAAGGGUCAGCUGCGGCCCGAAAAGAGAGCGCUUCUUGACAAUCUCUUCCCGGACUGGAACAAACAGGCCUUCAACAACGAGGCGCCCCUCGCCGCCGCAUCGCGCGCUCUGAUCAAUCUGAAGACGACCGAGUCGGUUCGAACGCAGACCCCGGCCGCCGGCCUCGCUUACACCUUUGUUCGAGACAGGAAGCGGACAUUUGACUCACUCCAGGGCCUCCCGUCCCUGUCAGAGCUCCUAGAGGGACCAGAGUCCAAGCAGCCCUGGCGAAUCGCCAGGCACGAGGCUAAUGGACUUGACAUGUACUCUCGUGUCCUCUGGAGACUCCGAACCGAAGGCGUUCCGGUGACCGAGAAGGGCAAGGCAUGGCCUCGCUUCGAUGACCGACUUCCGGAUCACGUCCACGAGUGCCAGCCGCCGAACUACGGUACCACCUUUACCCGGUGCAUGAGCAUGCUCGCCGUCAAAGAUGAACGCGAGCGCGAGAAGAAAAGGGCCAGUAUGACAUGGGACCCACAGUCCGAGCCUGGCUUCUGGUGA